AUGGAAGAAACAGAUUAUUCCAGCGAUUAUGAAUCAUUUUUUUCUCUUAGAGAGGACCACAGGGCAAAGAGUAAGAUAUCUACUGCUAAAAGCCCCCAGAAUAAGAACUCUUUACUUAUACAACAUGCAGCUAGAUUAGAGUUGGAAUCAAUUACUUUGAAAGAAUCCAUAUCAAACGCAAUAAGAACCAUUAAAGAAGUUCCAGUUUCUGAAAUACUUGAUAUACAUGCCAAGGUCAACCAUAUUAAAAAGGAAGUUGGAGAGUUGAAUGUUUCAUACAAAAUUGAUCAGAAAACUAUGAAAAAUGCAAACCAAGAAUUAAUUACCAUCAAAAAGGAGUUGACAGAAUUACUGCAAAAGCUUUCUAAAAUCAGUCAGGCAACAGAGAUAAGUAGUAAUACUUCAUCCAGUUAUUUUAAACAAUUUCAUGACUUUAGAUUGAAAACAGAGGACAAGUUCGAUAAGAUCAUCCAAACGAACAGAGAGCUAGCAAAAUUAAAUAAAACUAGUACCAGAGAUAUACCGGAUACAUCAUCUCACCAAUUGAAAGAGAUGCAUAAAUUGAUGUUGAAUCAAUCAGAGGGCCAUACGAGAGAACUUCAAGAAAUCAAACAAUUUUUAACUUUGGUGCUUCCACGAAUUAUUAACCUUGAAAACUCUGUACAGUUGUUAGUCAAUGACCAGUCUCAGGAGAGCCAUAGCUAUAAUUACAAUAUUAAUGCUCCUUCUGUUACUCCUGCCAAUUCUAGAAAGACUUCGAGGACCAAGAAUGCCAUUACCAAAAAAAGGAGACUAAUCUAA